AUGGUGUGGAUAAAUAUCGUCCAAAGCUUUUAUCUACAUCAAGCUAACGCACUGAGUUCUGCAAUGGAUGAAAGAAAGAAAAGUUUACAAGAAUCACAAAAGCCACGUUUAAAAUCACAGCGGAAAAGUACGCACUCUCGACGCAUGAGCGCUAAUCAAAAAGAGCGACGUAGGACACAGAAUAUUAACAUUGCAUUUGCAGAGCUGCGCAGGUGCAUUCCAAAUGUUCCUCAAGAUACAAAGCUGUCCAAAAUACGUACAUUGCGUUUGGCCACUAGCUACAUUGGCUAUCUACAAGAAGUACUACAGGCUGAAACACACAGAGACGCCCCUUCACCUAUUUCAAAGAAUACAAGGACUGUCAACCUACAUUCAAGUGGGAAUUAUAAAGCAACCAUAUUUGCUGUUAAG